CGCGACAGGUGAUAAACACAAGACUCCGUAGUGUCGAUCCUUGUCUGAGCUAGAGAAGAGCACGUUUUUGUAUGAAAACUACAUAUAUUUGUAGGUAGUAACGUUAUUCACACACCAAACAGUGAUGUCAUGUUUUGGUGCUGAUCCCAACUUCUGCCCAGAGUGUGGGAGCGUCCUUCCUCUCCCAGGGAUACAGGAAACAGUCCGCUGCCCUCGCUGCUCCUUCUGCAUCCCUGUAACAGAGUUCUCAGGACAGGAAAUUCGCUCUACAGUCACCUUUAACCCAGUGGAGCAGUCAUCCAUGGCUCUGGAGGAUGAGGAGGACUCAGAACUGAAGGGACCUGUGAUCGACAGACGCUGCUCUCGCUGCAAUAAAGAGGGAAUGAUUUACCACACCAGACAGAUGAGAUCUGCAGACGAAGGCCAGACUGUCUUCUUCACAUGUAUACACUGCAGGUAUCAAGAGAAGGAGGACUCAUAAGUGGACAUCUCACUCAGAUUCUCCAUUCCUCUCUAUGCAUCUGCUUUCCUGUUAUCCACUGUUGCUUUCAGAUGGUUGGAUGUCUUCUCAACAAACUGAUUGUAAAUAUAAAUUAUAAUUAGAGCAAACAGCAUCACCUUCAGCUCUGGUUAAUCUAAUGCAGCUGUGCAUUGCAGGGCAUCUGAGUGACUGUCUGAAUUUACAGUUUGAAAAGAAUCGUCACUCAAGAUCCACUUACUAGCUUUCUAUGGAGCUCUCAUUUGAUGCAUCUUAUGGUCUUCAUCAGUUGUCCUGGAGAUAGGCUGCUGAGGGACACCAUGAUUCUGAUUCCAAUGUCAAGAAUUAACUUUCACACAAAUUAAAAUUUGUUUACUUCAAAAAUGAUGUUUCUACAGCUAUAGUUGUUUUUAAUAAAAUGUUCAUGUGA